AUGACCAUCUGGAAACACUCGCGAACCUUAGCUGAGAGCUACGACGAACUGGGUAAUCGUUACCAACUCCCCGUAUUUGUGCUUUCGCAACCCACUAACUUGGAACCUGAUCCGAGUGGGGAGGGUCCAUCCACAGAUCUCCUUAUUGCCUGUCCUUCCACUUCUAGCGCCCCCGGUACUAUCCCCACCACCGUAAAUGUCACCAUCCACAAAGAUAAUAAUGAUGAUUGUGACAAUGAUUUUAAUGAUGAGGGUGUUACUGUUGUCAGCCUCCUCUCUCCGCACGCUCCCACUUCUUCUUCCGCUCUUGAUAAUCCACCUCACCUAGAGACCUCGAGUGACCCCCCGCUAAAUCCCCCAUCUCAAACAGCUCUCUCCUCACCUCAGGAGUCCUCAAAUCCCUUCUUUAGGCUCUUUCGACGUCGAAGGCAAAGAAGAGCUCACAGUUUGGGGAAGAAAACCCGUCGGAAAAAUCGCUCCUCGAAAUCAGCUCUAUUUCCUUCCGUGGGUAGUGUUUGUUCAAGUGCGGGGGGUGGGUCGGCCAUCGUCCGGCCGUUUGAACUUCGCAUGCGUCUGUCAACGGGAGAUGAGUACUCCUUGCCUGUGACGAGUACUCAAUCAGUUAUGGAAGCGAAGAAACAUCUUGCUACAAUAAUUGGUUGGCCUCCUGACAGACAGAGAUGGUAUUGUGGUGGAGUUGCCUUAAGAGACGGACUCAGGAUUGCAGACUGCCCUUCGAGUAUUGCUCCACCGUAUGCGUCCCAUGAAUCAGAACUUCAAGUGGCGCAAGCCUUUUUGAAUGCAAAGUUGUUCCAGGAUCCAACAAUCGAAGAUCAUACCGAUCCAAAAUCUGAAUUUAGUAUUUCUAACGCUUCCUCCAAGAUUUUUAUACCGUCACAAUACUUCUGCGGAUUUCCUGUUCCUAAGAAUAAUGCACGAACUGGAGAUCCAUCAACUCUCGUCGGCUCAAUAGUUCUAAUAAAAGGUGGUCUGAUCCCCAUCAUUUCUAACUACGAUCGACCACCAUUCUCAAGGGAGAAUUUAUCGUUUUCUCAGAGUUCUAAUUUCUACGUUUCAGUUUACUGCGCCCGAAGGUUAAUCUCUAAUCUUCCGAAUCCAACUCUCUCACGCUAUGUAACAUUCCUGGAGCGUGUCCUCUCCUUUUCACUAUCGCGGCCAGAAAAAGUGGCUCUUAAUGACCCAAAUCUGUGUGCGGAUAAGUCAAUUAGUGGGGGUGACCCCACCGCCCACAUUUUGGUACGUGCUUAUGCAAUUGCAAGUCAAAUUGCUUCUACCUAUACACCACCAUCGAAAUCUGCUCCCACACUCGAUGACUUGAACAUCCGCCUGUUUAUCACCUCAACUACAGCUCAAUCGCGUCUUGAAGCCCUUGCCCUUCUCGCUUCACUCCUUACUAUUUGGGCUGGUAGUGAUGAACAGCAAUUCCAGUCCUAUCUUAAUGUAUUCAAAGCAUCUCAUGGCUACCAGUGGCUAGAAGAAAUCGAAAAUCCUCUUUUCUGUGUACCCUCAACUACGUUUUCCUGCACUUGUCCACGUCGACUUCUGGUUCACUCAGUGUUUGAGCGUCGUCGGACUCACUUAAUGUCUUCACUUCGUCGAGAGGCCACAAGCGUACACUCUCUCCUUCCCCCAUCCGUCCACUCCCUUGCUUUAGGUGCUGAUGCUGACAAGCCUUCUAAUCCCUACUGGCCACAUCGUACUUUGGCCCUGUUGUCGAAAUCUCUCUGUAAUCAAGCUGUCCCACUGACGCCGAAAAACGCGACUCCAAAGAAUAGCGUGGGGGUAGGUAUCAGGAUUUGUGAACGCGAGGAAGGCAACGAGGAGGUCUCAAAGGAUUGCGUUUCCCAGUCGGUGGUGCAGCGACUGUGGGAGAUUACAUCAUAUGCUGAAAGGAAGAUGGAAAACUCGAGUGCUCAUUUGGAAUUCGCCAAACUUGCCUCCUUUCCAUUUCUUCGGACGGUGGAACAAGAAAUUGGCAAAAUUUUCUCCAAUGAGGUCAAAGAUAAAAUGCCAUGGCUAAGAGCUUACGUUGGUCAAUCUGAUUCAGUCUACCUGUUUCUGAAAGCCCUGAAUAUCUCUGUUGGCACUCAUGACCACCAGCGCUCCGCCGGUCGAUUGGUAAUUGAAAUACAUCGAUUCCAUUCUCAGCAGGUAUCUUUAUCUCCCCCCAUCAAUCUUCGUUUUCUCUUGGACGGUGUUGACAUUGGUGAAUCAUUGAAAUCGAUUGGCCUCUGUGAGGGCAAUCCCCUCCUCUGUCCCGCGAAAAGAUUUGUAGAGUAUCUCAAGGCGUCAAAGUUUUGGGGUCCUCUUUUGGAGUCGCAUUUAAUGAACUCUUCAGAGGAUGCCUUCAAAUUUGUCUGCAAUUCAGAUGAUUUCAGGACAUUGAUGAAGUGA